AUGGCUUCUGCCCUCAACAGCAAAAUUCACGCGCCCGGGACUUGCCCGGGCUCCAAAGCCGAUGCAGGAGGUGGCGCCGGCUGGAGAAUGGACUGUGAUCCCGAGAUGCACGUGAAAAUGUGCAAGAAGAUCGCCCAACUCACCAAGGUGAUCUAUGCCCUGAACACCCGCCAGGACGAGGCCGAGGCGGGCAUGGAGGCGCUGCGUGAGGCCCACCAGGAGGAGCUGCGCAAGGCGGUGGCCGAGACGGAGGCCAGGCUCCUGCAGGCGCAGGGCCGCGCGGGCGAGGAGGCCCUGAGGCAGCGCAUCCAGGCCCUGGAGAGCGCCCUGGAGCUGCAGAAGCGGCUGACGCAGGAGGCGCUGGCCCGGUCGGCCGCGUGCGGGCUGGAGACCCAGGAGAGGGAGCUGAGGGUGGAGGCCGAGCACGCCGAGCGGCUGCUCACCCUCUCCAGGGAGAUGCUGGAGCUCAAGGCCGACUACGAGCAGAGGCUCCGGCACCUGAGCGGCCACGAGGCGCCCCGGUGGGGCCGGCUCGCCCCGGAGGGUCCCGAGCCCCCGGCCGAGCCGGGCUGCGGCCCCGAAAUGCGGGAGGUCCUGCUGGAAGCGGAGCGGCUGCGAGCGGAGAACCAGCAGCUGAGCGAGGGCUAUGCUCGGAAGGCUGAGGAGCUGCAGGCCGUGUACGAGCGGGAGAACGAGGCCGUCCGGCAGGCCAUGCAGCAGUCGGUGAGCGAGGCCCUGUGGCAGUGGCAGGGGCAGGAGACCGACCUCCGGAAGAACUUCCAGGCCCAGGAGGCGGCCCUGCAGGCCCAGGUCCGGAAGCUAGAAGGGGAUCUGGAGCACAGAGGCCGCAAGAUCAGUGACUUGAAGAAGUACGCCCAGAAGCUGAAGGAGCGCGUUCAGGACCUGGAUGUGCAGCUCAAGGAGGCUCGACAGGAGAAUUCAGAGUUGAAAAGCACUGCAGACAAACUUGGGGAGAAGCUGGCUGUUGCCAAAGACAGGCUGAUGUUGCAGGAGUGUCAUGUGACACAGAAAAGCGGUGAGAUGCCCGGAACGAUCUCCUUACACAGCAAAGAUGACAUGAAGACAGAGAGAGUUUCAGAGAAUGAAGUCCUAGGGAAAGAGAAUGAUUUGGAAGCCUGCAGUCUCCAUCCUCAGCAGGAUCAGAACUUUCCCAAGGAGUGUCCGUGCACGAAAGGAGGCACAGAUAUACAGACCAAGAAAGAGGCAUGUAUUGAGACAGACUAUAUGAAGCAAAAAUAUGAAGAAGACCUUCGUAAAAUCAAAGAUCAGACAGAAGAGGAGAAGAAACAUCUCAAAGACCAGCUGGUGAAGCGCCUAGAAGACCUGGUGAAGAAGCACACGGUGGAAAUCCAAUUAGUUCGCUCAUCAGUGGAAGCUGAGAGGCAGAGGCUACAGAAGGAAGUAGAAACACAGUUGGAGGAAGUGAAGAAGAAAUCAGAAAAUGACAUAAAGCAUCUGGAAGAAGAGAAAGAGGCCCUAAGUGUGAAGCUCCAGAAUUCACUGCUUGAGGUUUUAAGGCUGGAAGAAUUUAUCCAACAGAAUAAUGUACAUCCCCCGAGAGGCAAUGAAUGGCCCCAAGAAUUGGACUGCCAGCACUGCAACAUUUUAGAGACCCAGGAUCCAUGCUUGAGGCCGAAUGAACCUUCUCAGACUCUGCCCAGAGGAGAAGAGUUUCAAGAUAAGUUAGCAGCUGAAGAAGGAACCAACAGCGACGAAGAGGAAAGGAUCGAAGUGCCCCACAAGGAGGGAGGUGACCUGCAGCCUCCGCUGGGCUCUUUGCUGAAGGAGAAGGCACCGGAAAUCCAGCGUCUGCAGGAGGAGUGGCAGAGCCAGAAGGCCAGAUUGCAAGCCCAGGUCUUGCAGAUGCAGCAGGCUCUGGAGCAGUGCACCAGCAACUACAGGGAGGACCUGCGGGAGCUCAGGCAGCUCUCCGACCACGAGCGGGAGCAGCUGCGGCGCGAGCUCCAGGAGACCGUCCAGCAGAAUCAGGUGGUGAAAGCUCAGCUUGAGGCCGCCCACCAGCGAGCACUCCGCAUGCUCGAGAAGGCCAAACACCAGGAAGUCAAGGCCACAGAGGAGCGCUUGAAGAAGGAAUCCAGCCACAGCCUCCAGAUCCAGCACCAGGCGCACCGGCUAGAGCUACAGGCCUUGGAGGAGAAGGCCCAGCAAGAGCUCCAGGGAGAGCUGGAGAGGAUGCAGGCUCAGCAGGCGCUGUUGCUAGAGUCCCUGAGGCAGGAGCUGGCGGGGCAGCGGGCUGCCUGCUCUGAGCACCGGAAGGACUUGGAGGCGCUGCGGGCGGAGCUGAGGGCCCCGGGCAGUGUGGCCAGGCGACAGGCCAUCACCCCGUGUCCAGGGGACAGCGAGGACCGUGCCGGCACUGCAGAGGAGGGGGGCGGUCCGGGCCAGGCGGGCUCCCCGACGGGCAAGGGGGCCGCCGAGCAGGAGCCGAGCGAGGGAUGCGGCCUCUGGGAGGAGAACUCGCAGCUCAAGGAAGUCGUGCGGCGGCUGCAGGCCGAGGUGGAACAGCACCGGCAGGAGGCGCUGCAGCUCCGCGACCAGCGCAGGCUGCUGGAGGAGGAUCAGCAAGCCCAGCGGGCCCGGGAGGUGGAGAUGCUACGCCAGGAACACCGGAAGGAGAUGCAGGCCAUGGUGGCCGAUUUCAGCAGCGCUCAAGCGCAGCUCCAGGCCCGGCUGGCUGCCCUGGAAACCGAACUGAAAGAUUCCGGAGAGAAGCCAGGGAAGGGGGAGUCGAGGCCGGAGGAUGUUCAGCUCAUAGGCCGUCUGCAGACCCGCUUGAAGGAGAGGGAGGAGAUCAUCAAGCAGCUCACGGAGGAGAGAAGAUUUCACUACACAGCAUUCCCCAGCGCAGUGUCCCAUCGGAAUCGGUCCUUCUCUUUCAAUCCUCGCCCAGGGUAUUUGACCCCUUCCAUGAAGAAAAAGAAGAUGGAGGAAGUGCCCAGCCGAGUGGUCAGUGUGCCAAACCUCGCUUCCUAUGCUAAGAACUUUCUGAGUGGCGACCUGAGCUCCAGGAUCAACACUCCGAUAACUAAGUCACCCAGCUUGGACCCAGGCCCCAGCUGUGGCCAGCCUUACAAACCCACCCCAUCUCUAGAUGUAAAAACUGCCACAAGGACACAAGAUGAUGAAACAGCCCAACCCAAAGAAGUCCAGCAGAAGCAGGGCUCAGCCCACCAGGAAUGGUUUACCAAAUAUUUUUCUUUCUAAACUGAUCCUUAAACUGAUCAUAAAGUGGAUAUUUGAAACACAUUUCUUUUGAAGCAUCUGAUUGAAGGAAUGAACUAAAAAGCCAACCAACCAAAUAACUUGCUUGUAAUACGAUUUAACAUACAUAGCUAAAACAAAUUCUUGCAUUAACAUUUCAUACUGUUUCAUUGUGACAUUAAGAUAAAACAAGCCAGUGUUAUCAGAAAGCGCCCAUAGGGAAAUAUUAUUAAUGUUACUGAUGACCUACCCAUGGUAUUUCUAGUGUCCAUAAGAUUGCAAUCCGCCUUGUGGAAUAUCAGACUUUGUGAUUUCCAUGGUCUACUUUUAAAUUGGUUUCAUUUUCCUAGGAUGCUGGUCAUCUUCACUUGAAAAGUGUUUCUAUGUAAAUGAUAUAAUUCCAAAAUACACAUGUAACCUCAAUAGGUAGAGGAAUAAAACAAAGCUCAGAAUAACCAGGAAAGCCAAUUUUAAAAAACCAAAGAAAACAAAACUACUAGGAAUGGACUAUAGCAGACCUUGGCAUACUUGGAUCAAAUAUUUUGACUUCCUAGGUCCAGGACAUGAAGAAGAUUAUAGAGGGCAGAACACCUACCUCAAAGGGGCUUUUUGAAGUUUAAGCAAAAUAUGGGUAAUGAUACUAAUCAUGAAUUGGAAUUAGGCCUUGCCAGGAUUUUUCUGUGAGUAACUGAGCCUCACCCCGUCAUACAUCUCAACUUCAAUGACUGUAGCAUCAACUUGGUCAUUUGUGAUGGUUUCUAGAUUAUUCUUUGAAGUGAAAGAUCUACUGAACCGCUAGUCUUGCCUCAUGGUGCAUUGCUUCCCCAUUGUAUGGAUGCUCAGCAGAUUAAAGGGAACUGGGAAUGGCCAUUCACAAUGCUGACCUCGCUGUCAGUCCACGCUGAGCUGUCGGACCCUCUGACGGAGCGGUGCAAUUUGGCAAGACUCAGUACAACUUUUAGUGGUCAAAAUAUGUUCUCAAUCCUUUGGUGCUGGCCCAGCAAGUGGCCCAUAAACAGUUGUCUAUUCUAUGCACCAUCAAAUCUUUGCUCUUUGAAUAAAACUUUAAACUGGGCAAUAAAAAUGGUUGUGAUUUGUAUUGAUUUUCCAAAGAAAGGUGAAAUUAGAUGAAGGCUGAACUUGGAAAUAGGAAGUUCACAUUAACCUCAGUCAGAUCAUCUUCAAUAAAACGUAGCUGCGGUGCUUGGUGACCACCUAGAGGAAUGGGAUAAGGAGGGUGGGAGGGACGGAGAUGCAAGAGGGAAGAGAUAUAGGGAUAUAUGUAUAUGUAUAGCUGAUUCACUUUGUUAUAAAGCAGAAACUAACACACCAUUGUAAAGCAAUUAUACUCCAAUACAGAUGUUAAAAAUAAAUUAAUUAAAAAAAAAAAAACGUAGCUGCUCAUGCACUUAUGUCAUUUUGAGAGAAAUGCAAUUACAACUCAGACUCACAAUUUAAAAGUAAAUUUACUACCUAAUCAAAACACGUGGCCCAAUAACAUAAAUUUUUAAAUGCAAAUACUUGUUACUAUCCGUGUAACAUGCCGUAUUAUUUUUCAGUAUCAAGUAUUUUUUAGUUUUGUUACCUGCUUAGGGUGAGCAUUGUAGGACAAUGUUUGUGUUUUAAAGACUACAUACAGGUAGUUCUACUUUUGUUUUUGUUGAAAUUAUUUUCCCACUACUGUGCAACUCCUGAUGACUAACAAAGGAGGCUGCACUUUAUACUACUGUCCUUUAACUCAGCAUAACACAUGCUGCAGGGAUAGAAUUUUACUGAGACCCCACAUCUGUCUUGACUCCUUUCUUGUUGCAGGCAAGUGAAAGAUCAUGUUAAAUUUCUAGGUUAUAUGCAAACGAUUGUGUCUGUUAAGUAAAUCUUGGCAUGCUUCUAUCAUUUUUUUCUUUAGGACAUAUUCCUUGAGUAUUGAAGUAAAGCAUUGGUUGGGUGAUUUCCAGGAGGGUCUAAAGAAGCAGGGAUUCAUUCUAGAUUAGAUGCUGUCAGAAGGCAGGGGCAACUCUAUGACUGGGUGUCUUAAUAAAUCUUAUCUAUAAGAAGGGCAGACCAGAGAUAAAGCUGUAAAUGGUUUAAAAAAAAAAAAAAAAGAAAAAGCAGUCACUUAUUUUUUAGCCAGGAGAAUAUUUGGUAUU